UUGCAAGGUCCCCAGAGUUGGAGGUUGUUGCUUCUCUUAAAGGGCCAGUGUAUUCUAUAUAGGCGAUAUGGGAAUGUAUUGAUGCCAUUCAAAUAUGCUGGAUAUCCUAUGCUCUUAAGUGCCAUUACAGUGGACAAGGAUGAUAACAAUUUUCUUUCCUCUGAUCGAGCACAUCUUCUAGUUGCAUCCUCGGAGCUUGUUUGGUUGAUGUGUGAGUCUUCACCAUUCAAUGGUGAAGAGCUUGUGAGAGAUGGUGGAAUACCUCUUCUUGCAACACUCCUUUCCCGUUGCAUGUGUGUGGUCCAACCAACAACUCCUGCCACUGAACUGUCCGCUACUAUUGUUGCUAGCAUAAUGCGAACCUUUUCAGUUUUGAGUCAGUUUGAAAGUGCGAGAACUGAGAUGCUCGAAUUUUCAGGAUUAGUUGAUGACAUUGUUCAUUGCACUGAACUUGAGCUUGUUCCUGCUGCUAUUGAUGCUGCCCUGCAGACCAUUGCUCACCUUUCUAUCUCCUCUGAAAUUCAAAAUGCCCUUCUGAAGGCUGGUGUACUGUGGUACCUUAUACCAUUGUUGCUCCAAUAUGAUGCACAUGGUUUGGAACUAGCGGUCAAAUAGCAAAAAACAUACAUGCUGUAAAAGCAUCUCAUGCCUUGUCAAAGCUUAGUGGUUUGGUCGACGAGGAGAUCCCGACACCCUACAAUCAGGCUGCAGCUGAUGCCCUUAGAGCUUUACUAACCCCUAAACUUGCAAGCAUGCUGAAAAAUAAAUUAGCAAAAGACCUCCUAUUCACAUUAAACUCAAACUUGGAGUCCC